AUGUUGGAAACCCCAGAGUCAUUUUUCGUGGCAAACGAUGAAAAUCAUCACGACGAUUCGGUGGUGGACGAAGACACCGACGACGCCGUUGCGGUGGAAAGUGCGGACGACGUCGCCGACACUAGCGGCGACAGCCAAGAACUGGAACCGGUGGCGGAACUCAACGAAUCUCAGGAAGAGAGUGGCGCGGAAGCGGAAGCUGUCGGAGAAGAACAGGAACCCGUACCUCAAGCGGAACUUGAACCCGAACCUGAACAGGAACCCGAGCCGGAACCCGAGCCCGAACCUGAGUUGAAUGUCGACGGAUUUGGCGAAGCAGAAUCGUUGGAAAAUUUAGAGGAAGAAACUGAACAACCAGAAGAAGAAAACGAAACAGCACCAGCGGAUGAAGAGCCAGUGAACGAGGAGGAAGCGGCGGAGGAAGAAGGAGAACCUACGGCCGAAGAAGAGCAGGCGGAAGAAGAAGCUCCGAACGAGGAAGAACCAGUAGCAACGGAAGAAGAGCCAACGAACGAGGAAGGAGCGAUGGAAGACGAACCUACGAACGAAGAAGAAGCGACAGAGGAAGAACCUACGAACGAAGAAGGGGCGGCGGAAGAAGAACCUACCAACGAGGAAGCAGUAGAGGAAGCAGGUGAAGAGGAACCGGCCCAGGAAGAAGAAGUAACCGAGGAGCCCGCUGCUGUAGAAGAGGAAACUGUAAUAACUGAGGAAGAAGCCGCCCCAACCGAAGAUGAAACCCAACCAGCUGAUGAAGAAGUUGCUGUGGUCGAAGAGGAAGCCUCCGCCGUCGAAGAAGAAGAAUCCGCUUUAGCAGAGGAAGAAACCUUAUUACUAGUCGAGGAGGAAACUAUGGAGUCGGCUGAAGAAGAAGUUACUUUGGCCGAGGAGGAAGCAACAGGGAUCGAGGAAGAAGACAGCCAACCUGCUGAGGAAGUUACCGAGGAUCAAGCCCCGGCAGCGAACGAAGAAGAAGUUGUCCCAUCCGCCGAGCCGGAAUCAGCAGAGGCAGCAGCUGAAGAAGAAGCCCCGGAAGCAGAGUAAAGAACGAAACAUCGAGGCUAUAAAACCAACAACGAAAAAGAUGAAUUUUAAUUUUGAAUUUCUUUUGGGAAUUUUACUAUACUACAUACAUGUGGACGCAAGAAAAUAAUUUCGAUACCUCAUCUAUAAGGAGCAAUAUAGCUAUAGGUUUUCGGUAAAGAGAUUUAUUGGAUCUAUAAAUCUGUCGAGGAAAUAUAUAAUCACUAGCCAAUAUAUAAACUAGUCAACUCUCAGUGAAUGUGAGCGCAUUCCUCUUUGAUUUUAUUUGUCGUCUUGUCCGCCCCCCCUAUAUUUUUUCGGGUCGUCGUCGCCGUCCUAUAUAAUGUUACCCAACGCAUGUGUCUUCACCCGUUUCUAUACGGAUGUCAUUAUAAUUGAAUUGCUUCUCUCUAUCCUCCUCCUCCUUCCUAGCUUGACAAAUAAGAUCCUAUACCCCCCCGCAGUAUAGAUUUCUUCGACCGGAAACCUAUCGUUCUAUAUACUGCCUGUUCCUUUUGGUUGGCCCUUUGUACUGAACGGCUUCUCUCUCUCUCUUAUUGCUGACUGCUAACUGCUCCCUCUAUUCGUAAUAAUACUUAUUGCUGUGUGCUAACUGUUCCGCAGCAUUAAUGCAAUAUCUGGAAGGAGUGAGGAGGAGAAGGAGGGAGAAUAAGAGACAAUGAAUUCAUCGUUCCAUUCUAUAAUAGUCGUCUAUUCUGCUAUAUGUAUAGACGUUGAUCAUUUGAAAUUUUGAAUGCUGGGCGUAUAUAGAAUGGAAGGAGACAAUAGUCGCUUCGUCCCUCUUUCUCUCCUAUAUCUAUUUCGAUAUUAUAUACAGUUUAAUAAUGGCCGUCCGUUAUAUUCCCCUUCUGUCUGCCCUCUCUUGCAAGUUGUCGAUCCGUCGUACCGUGGCCUCAUAUUGUAUUGCUCCGAUUACUGAGAAUUGAGAAAUAUACAUUCAAAAUUC